AGGAAGCAUAGAAGACAGAACGGUCCAGAAGGGAGUGAACAGACUUAUUAUACUUACGAAUAUAUUGCUACAUUUUAGUAAGUGUUAUAGAGACACGUAGCCAGACUGCAAUAACAACUCAGUCGUUUAAGUUUUUAUACUAAAAGCAAAAACAAAUACGCCAAGAAAGAUGUCCCAGGACUCCUCUGCAUUGAGAGAGGAAGGGAACAAUUAUUUUAAGGCUGGCGAUGUGCAAAAUGCUCUCAGCUGCUACACAAAAGCUUUAAAGAUCAGUGAUGGUCAGUCUGACAGUGGUGUUCUGUACCGUAACCGUGCUGCAUGUUAUCUCAAACUAGAAGACUAUUCCAAGUCAGAGACAGAUGCAACCAAGGCUUUGGACAUAGACCCAGGUGACAUCAAGGCCCGGUUCCGUCGAGCACAGGCUCUGCAGAAGCUUGGGCGGCUGGACCAGGCGUUUCUGGACGCUCAGAAAUGUGCACAGCUGGAGCCCAAAAAUAAAGCUUUCCAAGAUUUGCUUAGACAGCUGGGAGCACAGAUCCAGCAGAAGGCAACACAACUAUCCUCCACCGACUCACGAGUUCAACAGAUGUUCGAACUCCUCCUGGACAGCUCAGCGGAGGCUUCAGACAGACAGAAGGCUGCUCAAAAUCUGGUGGUGCUCUCGCGGGAGAAUGCAGGCGCUGAGCAGAUCUUCAGGAAUGAUGGAGUAAAACUUCUCCAAAAACUUUUGGAGUCCCAGCAGGAGGAACUGGUUCUCUCUGCUCUUAGAACUUUGGUUGGUCUGUGUACCGGACAUCAGUCACGGACCAUGGCCAUUGUGAACGAGCUUGGCAUGGACAGCCUGUGUGGUGUCAUGGGGUCUGGUGCCUCUACUGUGUCUCUGUCGGCGUGCCACCUGGUCCAAGUGAUGUUCGAGUCCCUUACGGAAGGCAUGAAGAAAGAGAUCCGAGGAAAAGAUGAGGCCAUAUUGCCAGAACCCUCCCGUGAGCUGCGUUCCAUGUUGCGUCAUCUCAUUGACAUGCUGCCCGCAUCCAGCGUGUCUGGACCGGGACGUGACAACGCCAUUAACCUGCUCGUCAAACAGGUGCCGAGAAAAUCUCAGAAAAACCCAGACAACUCGCUCACCCUGUGGGUCAUCGACCAGGGGCUGAAGAAGAUUCUGGAAGUUGCAGGGACAGUUCCUGAGAUGGGAGACGAGCCGCCACUCACAGACAGCACACCUAUGAGUUGCUCCGUUCUUCUCAAUAAGCUCUAUGAUGACCUGAAGAGUGAUAAAGAGAGAGAAAACUUCAGCAAGCUCUGUGAGGAAUAUGUCCAGCAUCACUUCGGCAGUUCAGGUAUGGAAAGGAAACUACGUGCGAUACAGACAGUCUCAGUCCUGCUGCAGGGUCCCAGUGACGUGGGUAAUCGUACCCUUGAGCUCAGCGGUAUCAUAGAUGCCGUCAUUUCCCUCUGCGCCUCAGAGAACAUCACCCACCAGCAGGUGGCAGUAGAGGCGCUCAUUCACGCCGCUGGCAAAGCCAAGCGGGCAUCGUUCAUCACGGCCAAUGGCGUGGCUCUGCUGAAAGAUCUUUACAAGAAAAGUGAAAACGACCGGAUACGUGUGCGAGCGCUGGUGGGGUUGUGCAAACUUGGGUCAGCUGGGGGCACAGAUUUCAGCAUGAAGCAGUUCGCGGAGGGUUCGACGCUCAAACUCGCCAAGCAGUGCAGGAAGUGGCUUUGCAACGAAGCACUGCCGCCAACAUCACGCCGCUGGGCCAUCGAGGGUCUGGCAUACCUCACGCUGGACGCGGAUGUGAAAGAAGACCUGGUGGAGGAUAAGAAAGCCCUUCAAGCUAUGUUCGAGCUGGCUAAGUCCGAGGACAAAACGGUGUUGUUUGCUGUUGGAUCAACGUUGGUCAACUGCACUAACAGCUAUGACGUUGAGAAGCCAGACCCUCAGAUGGUGGAACUUGCUAAAUAUGCAAAACAGCACGUACCUGAAGAGCAUCCGAAGGAUGCCCAGUCAUUUGUGGAGAAGAGAGUGGUGAAGCUUCUGGAAGCUGGGGUGGUGUCAGCGUUGGUGUGUAUGGUGAAGCAAGAGAGUCCGGCCCUCACCGAAGCCUGCAGGGAAUGUAUCGCCAGGGUUAUUUUGGCUCUGGUGCAGAGACAAGAGGACAGGGGUUUAGUUGUAGCACAAGGUGGAGGAAAAGCUUUGUUGCCGCUGGUGUCCGAGAGCACAGAUAAGGGCAAGAUCAAAGCAGCACAAGCUCUGGCCAAGAUCACCAUCACAUCCAACCCUGAGAUCGCCUUCCCGGGCGAGAGGGUCUAUGAGGUGGUCAGACCGCUGCUUAGUCUGUUGGCACUUGAUUGCACGAUGCUGCAGAACUUUGAGGCUUUGAUGGCCCUCACCAACCUGGCUGGCAUCAGCGAGAGACUCAGGCAGAAGAUCAUAAAGGAGAAAGCAGUGCCCAAAAUAGAGGGCUAUAUGUUUGAGGAGCAUGAUAUGGUCCGUGCGGCAGCCACGGAGUGUAUGUGUAAUCUGGCCCUGAGCACUGAGGUGCAGACAUUGUACACGGCUACCGACAACGACCGUCUCAAGCUGCUGGUCCUUUAUAGCGGUGAAGAUGAUGAGCGUCUGAGGAAGGCUGCAUCGGGCACGCUGGCCGUGCUGACCGGUGAGAUGCCCGAGCUCUGCUCACGUAUUCCUGGAACGACCAGCCACUGGCUGGAAAUCUUUCAGGCUCUGUUGCUAAGUGAAAGUCUGGACCUGAGGCAUCGUGCCGUGGUUAUCGUAAUGAACCUCAUGCAGGCUGACAAAAGUCUUGCGGAGAAACUGAUGGAGAGUGAAGCGCUGGAGAUCCUCUCCGUCCUGGCUAAAGCAGAAGACCCUAAACAGGCCUCCAUCUGCAAAGCCGCCCAGCGCUGCCUGGAUCUGGCUAUUGAGCACGGACUUAUCCGCAGCAAUGAGGGAAGAAUUAACGGCAGGUCUGAAGAAUCACAAGUCGGUUAGGACCCAGUGGUUGAUUUCAAACAGUCUAUCAGUGUGAGAUACUGAAUCUUAAAGAUUUAAAGGUAGCUCACGUUUCAUACCUAAAGAGACCAAAUAUCAAUUAAUUCACCUUCAUUCCUUAACUUGCACUCAAACAAUUUAUUUUAAAUAUUUCUGCAUUCCAUGAAAUUAUACACAGAUUUCCAUAAAUGUAGUCAUCUUUGUGAUUUAGGGCACAAAAGUAUUGAUCUUGUAUUUAUUUUUGUUUGACAUCACCUCAAGUCUUUAACUAUUGAAUGUGAAAUGAUAUAUUCUGGUUUUAUAUAAACACUACUUUUGUUUGAAA